AUGGCGCGGUCGUCUUCUCCUCACGUCAACAAGGCUUCGCCCACCGAGCAGCGCCGCCUGCUCCGCGCUCGCCGUUCUUCAAAGCGCGUCACCGCUUUGAGCCCGGAGGCGCUCCUUGAUGCCUCACUCUCUGGCGCCGAGCACCCUGUGCCGGUGUUGCAGCACGAUGACGCCGGUGUCAUCGCUGCCGCCAUGGCUCCAAAGCAAGAUGCUACUCUCUCAGAUGAGACCUUGGUGGUCCAUGCAGGGGAGAAGAUGGGGAAGAACGGCCUCAAGGACACUGACUCGAUCGCAACGCCGAUUGUGAGCGGCACGACGCACUGGUUCAAGAGCUCGCACGACCUCAUCGCGUUCAAGGAAGGCCGGGGCCACAGCUUUGAGUACGGCCGCUACGGCAACCCCACUGUGAAGGUCCUGGAGGACAAGAUCAGCACGCUGGAGAGGGCCGAGUCGACGCUUGUCAUGUCCUCGGGCAUGAACGCCAUCGUCGCUACGCUGCUCGCGCUCGUGCCACCCGGCGCCGGCCACGUGGUGACCACGACCGAGUGCUACAGCGAGGCGCGCGCCUUCAUCCGCGACAAGCUCUCCAAGAUGGGCAUCAAGGUGACAUUCGUCGAGCUGAAUGACAUGGAGACACUCAAGGCUGUUCUUGACCAGGGCGACGUGACACUCUUCUACACUGACUGUCCGACGAACCCCCACCUCAAGUGCAUCGACAUUAAGCUCGUCGCGGAGCUGUGUCACCGCAAAGGGGCUCUGGUGUGCAUCGAUAGCACCCUCGCCUCGCCCAUCAAUCAGAAGCCACUCACCGUCGGGGCCGAUAUCGUCGUGCACUCUGCCACAAAGUACAUUGCCGGCCAUCACGACGUCAUUGCAGGAUGCAUCAGCGGCUCGGAUGCGCUCAUCUCUAGGAUACGUGCGAGGCAUCACAACCUCAGCGGCGCCAUUAGUCCGGUAUGUAGUAUAUAUUAA